CGCGCUCGGCCGGGCCGGGCUGCCCGCGCAGCCGCGCGCCCAUGCGCGGCGCUGAGGGCGGCGGGAUGGCGCUGUGGCGGGGGCUGCGCUGCUGCCGCCGCGCCUUCGCCUGGCUGCCCGUGCUGCUCAUCGCGCUGCUCCUGCUCUGGUCCUACUACGGAUACGUCUGCGAGCUCUGCCUCGUGACUGUGAGCAACCCUGUGGAGAAAGUGGUCUAUCUUGUAAUAUUCCAUAUUCUCUUUGUGCUCUUUGUGUGGACAUAUUGGAAGUCUGUUUUCACUCUCCCAAUACAACCAGGAAAAAAGUUCCACAUGUCCUACGCUGACCAGGAGCGCUAUGAGAACGAGGAGAGGCCGGAGGUGCAGCGGCAGAUCCUCGCCGAGAUCGCCAGGAAGCUGCCGGUGUACACGAGGACAGGCAAUGGAGGGAUCCGGUUCUGUGACAGAUGCCAGCUGAUCAAACCUGAUCGUUGUCACCAUUGCUCUGUUUGUGCCAUGUGUGUGCUAAAAAUGGAUCAUCACUGUCCAUGGGUGAAUAACUGCAUUGGAUUUUCUAACUACAAAUUCUUUCUACUGUUCUUAGCCUAUUCUUUGUUGUAUUGCUUGUAUAUUGCUGCAACAGUCUUCAAGUAUUUCAUUAAGUAUUGGACAGGUGAGCUGACCAAUGGACGUUCCAAAUUUCACAUCCUUUUCCUUCUCUUUGUGGCAAUCAUGUUCUUUGUCAGCCUCAUGUUUCUCUUUGGCUACCACUGCUGGCUCGUCAGCAGGAACAGAUCCACUCUAGAGGCUUUCUCAGCUCCAAUAUUUCAAAAUGGCCCAGAUAAAAAUGGAUUCAAUCUUGGCUUUGUGAAGAAUCUUCAGCAAGUGUUUGGGGAAGAAAAAAAGCUCUGGUUGCUGCCUAUUGCCUCUAGCCAGGGGGAUGGACAUUUCUUCCCAAUGAGAGCCUUGAGUGAAGCUCGGAACCCUCUCCUGACAAAUGAGGAGCAGUGGGAAGAGGAUGGAAUAGAUGAGGAGCCUCAGGGUUCUGGUGAAGCCUCAUCCCUUGCCAUAGAAAGGGAGACAUAGCAGUGUGAAAACACAGUGGUGUAAAGCUGGAUCAGAAAGCUUCCCUCUCAGGAGCCAACAUCCCUUCUCUUGGCAAGGACUUCAGUUUUGAGGGGCAGAAAACAGAUGGAUCUUCAAGAUGAGAAAACAUCCUGAAGUAUUGUCUGAUGGGAAUCUGCAUUCCAGAGUGCUUCUCCAGGAAUCCUGCUGACCAGAUGUCUCAAGGCUUCAUAAGUUUAAGUUACAGAGUUAACAGGACAAUUUUACAGAGUGAUUCUGGCCAAUCUUCUUUGGCCUGCUCUCUUUAUUUUAUAAAUACUAUAUAUUUUUUAUUCAAAAGAGGUAAAAGUGUUGAUGCAAGUGCAUUUCUAAAGGCCUUUCCAUUUUGCAAACAUCAGGGACUCAACCUCUUGAAAUUCUUCCAAGCCAUAAUAUUCUUGGGGAUGGUUAUUUAUUUUGAGGCUGAUUCUCCAACCUUCCCUGACAAGUGGCAUUUUCUAAUGUGUUUAAAUUCUGAGUCAGUUCAGCUCAAUGCAAGAGACACCCAGUUAAAUCUGGCACUAAAUUGGUAGCUGAGUUUAAGAGUGUUGAAAGCAAAAGUGCUGAACAUGCACAUGUACAUGUGCAGCUGUGAAUGAAAAUAAAAUAUUCACAUUGCCAGUAUCAAGAUUCAAGAAUAUUGUGGCCAUAGAUUUUUUUUAAACUUUUUUUAGGAGGGUGUUAUUGUCUUAGAGUUAGGGUUAUAGUGCUUUUGCAUCCUACUUGAAGGCUCCUAAAAUGCAAAAGGGAACUUCAGACAGUCCAGUUUGCAUUAAUUCCUAGGACUAAAGUAUCAUCUCAUUCCUGGAUCAGUGUUUGAUGGAGAUUUGUGUUCAUGGAGUCAAAAAGGAAGAAGUGAAUUUGAAAUGUGCACUGAAGUGUGGCUCCAAGAGUCGUGUUUGAAGUUUACACUCCACAUUUUGGCUUGAACCCCAAAAUGCUGAAGACACAGUUGAUAUAUUGAUUUUUUUCAGACUUCUUCCCAGCUCAGUGCACUGAGUGGCUUCAGGGGUUUUUGCACUAAGAGGUGUUCAGAUUUGUUUCUGCAUUUUGCUGCAUUUACAGUCAAAGAGGUGCAUCCCUGUUUUUGUUCUGGGGAGUUUAACUGAGUGGAACUUGGCUGGCUGGAUUGUGGACAUUUUUCUAGACCUGAGUCCUUUUUUUUAAUCUGCAUGAUUCAGCCCAGUCCAUCAUUCUUGUUUGAAUUAAGUGCAUGCUAAAAGUAUUGGUGUACUGCCUCUAAGAUCAUUUAGUUCCAUUUUCUAUCCCAUUUUUGUGUUUGUUCAUCAGCCCACUGGUGUUGGCAGUGACUACAGGAGCAGCUGUGCAUGUCAGGGGAAAGGAGCUGAUGAGUUUGGUGGUGGAGGCUUUGCCUACAGACUAAACCCUUUUUCAUCUGUUCCUCUGCUGCUGCUGCCACAGGGAAUGUGUUUGUGAUCCUUGCAGAGGUUCCUUCCCUAAGAGAAGUGUUUAACUCCUGGCUGACUGUGCCCUGUGGGCAGGAAUUGUGUCCCUCAGCCUCUGCAGUUGGUGUGGAGCAGGCAGUGCUGACCUCUGCCAUGUCUCACUGCUGAGCUGGGCUGUGGGGGGCCAAGGUGGGCUGGCCCAGGCUGGUGUGGGUUUGUGUCUCUCCUCAGGGUGGCCCUGAGCACUGAAAACGUUCCUGCUUCAGCCACCUGAGCCCCAUCUGUUGAGUGGCUGUCACCAAACGCUGCUGAGUGCUGGAAGGGCUUUUGCUGUCAAUCUAAAGCUGCAUUUCUAAUGGAAAUCUGGUGUUGGACCUUGUGCUGUGUGUGAUGUAAGGUGGCAGCUGAAUUAAUCCCCUCAUUCCUGGCAAAAUGUGCUCUGGAGGGGGGGAGCUUGAGAGGAUGAUGGCAGCUAAACACAGCCAGAAUUUAGCACCUACAGAGGUGCUAUUUGUGCCUUUGAAAACUUGAAAUUCCUUGUAUAUAAAACCAGGAAGAUGAUUUGGUGACUCUUUGUUUCAUCCUGUCAGCUGAAGUGUAUUUUCCCAGAGUUAUCUGAGUAGGUUCUUGUGCCCUUCCUGGAUUUGGUUCUGAUUACAGCCCUGCCAUUAUUUGAGUUGUUUCUGUGCCAGGCAGCAGCAGAGCUGUGCAGGAGCUCCCCUGCUCUUCAGGGAGUACAGAAAAUCAGGUUUUGUCUUCUCAUGCUAAGCCAGGUAUCUUUAUGAUGGCACAGGUACCAAGCUCAGAUUGAGAAAGGGUUUUAAAUGUUUCCAAAUAACUUUUAUUGAGUCACUUUUCUUGUAAUUAAUUAUGGUCAUCUCUUCCCUUUCAUUCGAAGCAGCUCACCCUCCCAUGGCUGUAACAAACUCUUGUCCAGGUAGAAACAAUACAAAGUUUAUCACUUCAGAGCCCCUUCUCAAUAUCCACACAUCAGAUGCUGGAAAGCUUCAUGAAAUGUGAAACAAACCCAAAAGUUGUGUAAAAUGAGGCAGAACAAAAUGGGAAAAACCCACAUGUCUGAGUGAGCAGCUCCAUUUUUUUCCCUCUACUCCCUUAAGGUGAUACCCUUAUUUUACCCCUGGCCUUUGUCCUUUUUAUGCUGAGUAAAUGCACUGGAAAACAGAAGUUCCUCAGGCUGCUGUGGUCACUGCUGCAAGUGAUAAAAGAGAGAAUAUUGAAUAUUCAGCCCAAUGUGUGGUAAUUAUUUUUAACAUGCAAAUGACUCUUCAGGGGUAAGCCACUGCAGCAUCUCCUUUGUUGUCCAUGCCCUGAUCCUCAUCCAGAGGCUCUCCACCAUCAUCACUGACUGUAAGGGCUGUAUCAUCAAACCUCUCCCCUCCCUGCCCUGCUGCACCCUCCAUCCCAGCAUUCCAGGAGUGGGAUUCAUCCCAUCAACACCCAGGGAGCUCUGGGAGCUGCCCAGUGAUCCCAGUUCAUCCUGUGUGUGUCUCACACUGUCUGUGCUGGUGUCCCAGCAUUCCAGGUACAUCCUGAGCCCUCCAUGUGCCAGGAGCUGCCACCAGUGCUCACUGUCACUGGGUGUGUGCUGUGGAUGCAGAUCCAUGCAGAGAACCUGGAGAAUUGUUAAGGUUUGAGUCUCAGUUCUGGUGCUGAUGUCAGCUGUGUGACUGUGGCAAUGUGGAGGCAGCAAGGAACUGUCUCAACCCCUCCAGGGGCUGUUGUCUCUGCUUAGCAUUGGCUCUCACUACAGCUUUCUCAGCUCUGAGCAACUUUUCCACGUGAUGUCACCUGGGAAAGGAAGGAAUGCUUCUGUUGGACUUUACUGUGAUGUCUCCAUUGUUAUUCCUCCACUCCUGGAUUCAUCCUCUACAGUAAGUGACCACUGACAGGCAGCUCCUCACCUCUCCCCCUUCUCUCCCAUUUAAUUCAGGUACAACACCCCACACAGAACACCACACUGAUGUUUCUCUGUGUGGAACUGUCCUAAGUCCAGUCCUGGGCCAGAGUCCUGCCCAAGGAACUUGUGCAACCCUCACUGCACUGCCAGGUUUCUCUUGCUGAGUUGGAAAUUUUGGGAGUAGGAUGAUCUUGUUUUCUUUCAAGCAGGGAGCAUGUUUGAGGCUGUACCCAGUGUGUGUGGGGUGCAGUCACUGGUGACAAUCAGGAAGCUUCCAAAUCCCUCUAUGCAAUGAAUGUUUGCUUCCUGGGCCAAACAGGAAUGGAUUCAGCAAAAUCCACACCAGCUGCAGCUCUGCACUUCUAGAUGCUGGUCUGGACUGAAAGCACAACUUGAUGCAUGAAGUCUGUAAUGUGAUAUGAAUGUAAAAUGUCAAGGGGAAAAAAUUUUAAAAUUACAAUUUUUCCCCUGAAUUCAGCUAUGAAGAGUGAUGUGCUGAGCAGUUACUCUGUGCAGAGUUACUCUGCUGAGCAGUUACUCUGUGCAGAGCUGCUACUCAUGGAAGGUUUAAUUAGCAGGGGAAGGAGCCACUGCUGACCUUGUUUAUUAAGCCAGAAUUAAUUAACUCAAAAGGGUCACAUUUCCAUUUCAGUGACUCCUGUGGUACAGAUUUCUGAAAUGGUUCCAUAGUACUUGAAAAUACCUCAAUUUUAUUGAUAUUUUUGAAUUCUAUCUGCUUCUGCUUCAUCACAGAACACCUGCAAACCUGAACUCAUUCAGAACAGAUCACUGAAGGUGUUUCCUGGCAGAGGGGCUGGUUUCAUUCCAGCUCUGCCUAGUGCUGCAUUCCCUGCCCUGCUUACACCCACUGCUGCAGGGUUUUAGUCUUUUGUCCUUUUUCCAUCCCACUUUGAGACUUCUCUCUUCCUCCUGAACAUACAGUUCAAUAUUUUCAGCUUUGAGCUGCUUGUGCUGGUUUUUUGGGUACUUUGAAGGUGAGUAGGUGUCAUUUUUAUGCAGUUGUGCCAUGUAUUUUAUUUGUAAUUAGUAUCACUGUUUGUCAGGUAUUGCUUUGUGGUUCCCAUCAUUAGGCCCAGCUGGCUUUGCUUUGAGCAGGAUCCCACUUCCUGCAUUUUCUCUUUCCUAAAAACCUAUUUUUUUCAGUCUCCAGCUUCCAUUUGGGAUGUAAACCUUGUGAAAUAAAAUGUAAGUUUACAUUUCAAAUACAAGCCUGUAAGUUGCUCAUGCCUGCAUGCUCCUUAAAAUACUGUUUUUUUCUGUAUGAGGUUUUAAGAUUUACAGCAGCAUUUGUAAAACUUUAGUGGGUAACAGCCAUUGUUUAAAAAAAAAGAAAUUAUGUUAAAAAUAUGUAAAUCUCAUGGGAAGCCUGAAACCCAACAAAAUUGGCCUCCCCCUCUCCUCUCUAAGCUGGGGAAGGUGUGUGCAGCCCCUUCCCAGCUCUUCCCCCUGUAAAAGAAACAGAAGCCCAAAGUGAAAGUGUUGGUGUAUUAUUUCCUCCUCAACCUUUUUCUAGAAGAUCCAGGAGGCUCCAGGAUGUGUCCCAGAAGUCCCUGGAAUGCUGCUGCUGUCAUGAGCUGCUGCAGGUGACCUUCCCUGGGAGGGGGGAGGGACAAGGCUGUGACUGAGAGCUGGGGUGAGGAGGUGGAACCUGUUGUUCCUCUGUUCUGAUUUAGCUCCUUCCUUUUUGGGAUUAAUUACACUACGGGGUGGCUUCCUGCUGCACUCACAGAGCUGCUCCAGAGUGAUUCCAAACCCACUGCUGGAGCAGGGAACUUUGGGUUAAAAACACAGGAAGUGUUAUAAAUUUUAUAAAUUUAUCAUCUGCCUGCUCAGAUGGCUGCUCCUCACCUGAAAAUGCUGUUUGUGGUGCAAAUGGGUCCCUCAAAGAUAGGACAGAGCUAAAUCUAUGAUCAGAGAAGGCAGAGCUGUGGUGCUGUCAGUGUAUCAGGAGGAUUUAACUUCCAGAAAAGCCAGGGGGUUUCACGUGCUGGAAGAUGGGGCUGGAGCAGAACCCCCUGCAGGGGCUGCUGUGGGUCAGGGGGAGCCCUUUGGAUGGGGCUGCCAGAAUUGGGCAGCAAUCCCUGGAGUGGUUUGUAACUGCAUCCAGCUGCUUUUCAGGAACCCAGCUUGGCCUGGGGCUGCCCGUUGUUCCACUCAGAACUGGUGGUUUAAUACACAUCCCCCUAAUUCAGUGGGAAGUUAUUCUUUUCCAAGGAAUGUCACACUGGGAUUGCUGCCCACCUUUGGGCUGUUGUGUUCAGGAAUUUAAUGCUGCUGCUGCUGCUGGCAUUGAGACUUUUGAUAUCAAAUGGGUUUUUACAAAAGCUUUGGGUACUUGUUUUUACUGUCAGACCAAUGUUCUGACCAUGCUGAUGCUCUGUGGAGUUGCAUUUUCCAAGUGUUUGUACAGUUUCUACAGCUGAAUAUCCUGUAUGUUCUGCUUUGUUGUUUUUUAUUAUGGUUUAUACUGCACUGCAGGCAAGGACUGCAUUAAAACCAUUUUUGGCUAAUUCA